CCAGGACACAAAUGAUAACCCCUUAAAAUCCUUAAAAACAGGGAAAUAACUCACGCAGCAGCCAUUUUCCUUUCUCCUGAGGUCUUCUGGCUUGCACGAAUGAUAUAUGUACAAAAGGGGGAAAGAGGAAAAUCGUUCAUGGCAACCAUUUCUGUAGGCACAUUAUUUAUUAUUAUUUACAGUAUUUAUAUUCCGCCCUUCUCACCCCGAAGGGGCCUCAGGGCUGAUCACAUUAUACACACAUAGGGCAAACAUUCAAUGCCCAUAAACACAUCAAACAGAGACCGAGACAGACAGACGCAGAGGCAAUGUAACCUUCUCCUGAGGGGAUGUUCGAUUCUGGCCACAGGGGGGAGCAGCUGCUUCAUCAUCCACUCUGAUGGCACUUCCUCAUUCCAAGUUGUAAAUUAGUUAAACUUGCCUCCCCACUUUUAUAAGUGGUACCUUAUUUCCUACUUGAUAGAUGCAACUAUCUUUCGGGUUGCUAGGUCAGCAACGAGCAGGGGCUAUUUUUUAUUUUUAAUUGACAGGUGCUCACUCCGCCACGGGCUGGCCUCGAACUCAUGGUCAGAGUGAUUUAUUGCAGCUUCUCAACAGCCUGCGCCACAGCCCGGCACAUCACUGGUACAAGCCAGAAGAGCUCAGGAGAAGGGGAAGUGACUGGUAUGUGAGUUAUUUCCUGGUUUUUAAGGCUUUGUAGGGGGUUUGAGAGGGAGUAGGGACUGUCUUGGGUUUCUUAGGCUCCAGCAGCCCCAAAAUCCCAAGAUAGCUGUAUGGAUUGGGAUUGGAAGCAUGCAACGUGUUACCCGGGCCCAAUCCACACAGCUCCCACAACUGGAAAGAUGUAGUUCUUUUGAAAGACCCACGUCUUUUCAGCUGACAAAUUACCACGUGACAAAGAACAAUUUUCCUCCUUUGUGCACUUGCUUUUCUGUGGGGUGUCAACUGGAUGCUCCUCUUAAAGAAGCAGAGGCUUCUGCUUCUAAGGGGCUGUCUGGAUGUGCCCCUGUACUUUUUAUUGCUUGACCCCAACUUGUAAUUCUAUAUAUUCUAUAGGUGAUCACUUAUGGCCAAGUAUGGUCUCUUCCAAGGAUCUUAUUUUUAUCAUGAGAGAUGAAGGUUGCAGGCUUUGCUAACUUUGCAAAGUGGCUGGCAAUUAAACAUUGGGGAAGGCCAAAAGCAGCAGGAACAGGAGGAGCAGCAGGAGUAGGGACUAGUUGAGGUCAGAGUGGCAAGGACUGGUAAAGGAUGCUUUAAGAGUUAGGAAAGGGGAGUAACUAUAGAGACGGUGUUCUCUUCUGUUUCUGGUUGAAUAGCGAGGAAGAAAAUAUUCCCCCAGGAGAAAUGUUGUUUUGAUUUUUUUUAAUGAGAUAGCAAUUUAUCUCUUCCAGAGGUGUAGCAGGCCUUGCAUUUGACACAUGGGCACUAUGGAAAUCAUUGCAGUCUCCUCCAUUUCCUACUCUGAAAAGCAAUGCCUUCUCAACUACCUUGCUCAAAAAGAGAAGGUUAAACACUGAUGUGUAGUCAUUAAGGUCCAAGGGAUCUGGUGGGACGUUUUCAGCAAUGGUCUACUGCUUCUUUUAUACAGGAUAGUAAAUUCUCUUCCCUAGCGUAAUCAUACAGUAAAAGGGCUGGGUCUGUACACUAUAAAUAAUGUUCAUAUAUUGGAUGAGUGCUGCACAAUGCAUAGGAUGCACCCUGGCAUAAAAAGGGACAUCAAUGUGCUAUGAUAGUGCAUUCCUUCUGUAUAUUUUCUAAAUCAAUGUUUGCUUUUCUCCCUUAUUUUUGCAUUUCUUGGUUGGUGAUAUUACAGUUCUCAUUGCAGUCUAGAUUGACUUCAGUUGAUCUGUGCUUAAAAUUACUGUAGUGGCAACAGCACGUAAUGUUAAUGUGUAGUUUCUUUAGUUCAUUUCACUAUGUUUUGAUAUUAAGCGAAGCGUUUCACACAAAGAAUAAAAUACUAAAUCCUUAUCUUAAAUCUUUUAGACAAUUGGGGGGGAAGGAAACCAGAUAAUUAACUAAAUCAAUUCAUUUAAGUCCAUUUUACUUUAAGCUGAAUGAUAUAAGUCUAUAACUGAAGUCUACAUGGAAAAAUAAUUAUAUCAGGUCAGCCACAUGAUACCCUGGUACAUGAUUUGCAUUCAAAUCUGUAGCAUGAUCGUAUUGUUUUAAAUGAACCAAACAGCAGUGUUCUCUAACAGACAUCAAGGCAGAAUCCUAGAGAAUUAUAACUUGAUGGUUCCUUUCAAUUGAUUUCCCAGAAAGUAGCAGUCAUGACUAGCGACAAUAUAGUUAAAGUUGAUUUCCCUGUUUGGAUCAUUUUUGGAACUCUGUCUCUUAUUGGUAUUUUGGGAAAUGGAUUCAUCAUGGCUGUGAACGGACUUCAGUGGCUUCAAAACAGAAAGAUAAUCCUUUGUGAUUUUCUCCUGACCAGCGCAAGUACCUACAGAUUUAUCAUGCAGUUGACUCUUCUGCUAUACAACAUCUUUUACUACAUCCCAGAGAAUAUUCACUGUAUUUACAGAAUUGAUCUUCUGUUCUUUUCCUGGAUGUUUUCUAAUAUGAUCAGCUACUGGUGUGCCACAUGGCUCAGUGUUUUCUACUGUGUGAAAGUCGCCAACUUUGCCAACCCCCUCUUCCUCUGGCUGAAAACAAGGAUCAAUAUGCUUGUACCCAGGCUGCUUGGAUUGUCCAUAGCAGUUUUCACAGUCUCUUGUCUUCCUUCAAUUGUUGAUUAUUUUGGACAAACAAAGUGGGACAAUCUGACAGAAAUCUUGCAAGAGAAUACCAGCCAAAGAAACAUUUGUGACAUUCCUCACAUGACUUUUCUUCCCAUUCAACUUUCAUUUUAUGUCAUAAAUUUGUGCCUAAGCACAAUUGCAAUCAUUCUUUUGCUUGCCUCUCUGUGCAAACACAGAAGAAAUCUCAAGAAAAGUGGUGUUGGUGUUAAGGACCUCAGCACUCAGGUCCACAUUAAAGUCAUGACAUUUUUGUUGCUCUGGCUCUUCCUCUACUUUUUAGAUUUCAUUGGUAUGAUAAUUUAUACUAACAACACUGUUAAAACAAUAAAAUUGGAAGGGGUGCUUAUUGACAUCUUGAUGUCUGCAUUUUCUUCCGCUCAUCCCAUUAUAUUAAUAUUAACCAAUCCUAAACUGAAAGAAAUGUCUGCUUGCAUCAUUAAAAAAAUGUAUGCUCGUGUCAUAAACAUCAGAUGUAGCACUUUAUAACAUGAAAAAGGCAGCAGAAAACCAACCUUUAUCUAUACGAGAGAUGGGAGAGAGAAGCCCUUCAAGUUUCCCCAUUAACAGUAAUGUUUUUCUUAAUGCACAUGCACUACUGCCAUUAACAAAGUACGAGUGUUGAAUGAAAGGUAAUGCCUCCACCUUCGUUACUUGGGUUUGGAUGGGAAUAUUUUAAUAAAUCAAACGCAGAAAUAAUCCUUAGAAUGUGCUCUUUUACUACCACUAUUCACUUUUCCACAUAAUCACCAGACAAUUGGAUACACAUCUGCCAACGAUGAACAAGUUUUCUGAAGCAUUCACGGAAAAAGAUGACACUCUGUUUCCGCAACCAGUGUCUCACAGUACCCAUCGUGCACAGAUCUUCCAAUAGCGUUACAAACAAAGCAUUAAUGUGACUCACACGUUCUUGUGAAAUGCUGAUUAUGCUUGAAAUUUCUCUCUGAGUGAUACAAUGAUUGUCCUGAAUCAAUCUGUCAAUCUUUUGCUUGUGUAACUCGGUGGUCACUGUCACAGGAUAUCCAAUUCUUUGUUUGUCACGCAAGUCAGAUGUUCCCACCUCAACAUCUUUAAACUUACUCGCCCAACAAUGCACAGUACUCACAUCAACACAGUCACCAUAAACAGCUUGCAUUCUCUGAUGAAUCUCCUUUGGGGUGACACCUUCUGCUGUCAAGAAUUCAAUGACUGCACGUUGCUUAAUUCGCAUUGACCAACUGUCUUCACAGGGUUCCAUAUUUUGCACUU